AUGUGCCUGGAGCGUAUAAGGGACGAGGAGCCUGCCCAAGUCUACCCAGAAGGACCACGAAGGCACCAUCCUUCAGAGGUUUCUGCCAGGCAGUCUUUGAAUAAACGUAUCCACUACAUGCAAAACCUAAGAAAAGAGAAGAAGAAAUUGGGAAAGAGGUUUGCAAGGCCUAACCCUGUUCCAGAUCCAGGAAUCCUGGUAAGUGUGGAGCUCUCACAGAGAUGCACGGUCCUCACAUGCUGUUGGCAUCCUCCUUUUUAAUGCAUCUGAUCAUUCUUUAAUUUUCUCUGGAAGAAUUUGUAAUGCCACUUUGGGGAGACCCUUAAUAUUCCUCUCACCAAUUCUCAUUGUUUAAGUCUACUCAGCAACUGUCUCCUGAUGAGAACAUGGAGUUUGAUCUCUGAAGCCAUAUUGUCUGUUUGUU